GGGGGUGGGAGGGUUGUGGGGAGAUGUGUGGCUGCUUGGGAAUUUCCUCAGCUACCUUGGGGUGACUGAGGUUGCCUGGGGCUGGAGUGACCUCCUGCCUGCAUAGAGCUGGCAUGGGACACAGUGCCCCUGGAAUUUCUGAGGCUCCCAGUGUCACCUCCUCCGCACUGCCCUCUUUUGAGGGUCCAAGUUUCACAGCCAGAGCUGGGGCUUUUCCUCCUUUCCAUCUCUGCUGUUUGUCUCAGAGAAAACCCAUCGCGUUGUUUUUCAAUUGCCUGAAGGUGUUUUUUGGGGGUUUUUUUGACUAUUUUGAAGCUCAUUUUUCCCAGAUGUACUUUUUUUUCUUCUUCUUCUUCUUCUUUUUUUUUUUUAAUUGGUUUAAAAACUUUCUUUCUUCUUCUCUAACUUUUCUUCUUUGCCUUAAAGUUUCCGGCCACGUGACUUUCAGUUUACAUCCCUGAGGUUCUGAGAAACCACAGGAGGUUGAGGCCUAAAGGGAAGGUGCAGAAGCUCUGAGAGGAGAGGCAGCGAAAGUGUCGGAGUGCUGGGUAGGGCAGAGUGCUUCUGGGACAGGUGAGAGCAGGGAGCCAAGGGCUGCAUCAGAGGUGACGGAGGGAGGAGGACAGAGGAGAGGAGGAGAAGCAAGACAGAAAGCAGGCACACCAAGAGCACAAAGGAAGCUGAAGAGACCCUGGGAGCCAGAAGCAGCAGCCAUGCCCCACAGCUCUGACAGCAGUGAUUCCAGCAGCUUCAGCCAGUCUCCCCCUCCCAGCAAACAGGACUCUUCUGAUGACAUGAGGAAAGUCCAAAGGAGGGAGAAGAAUCGCAUUGCUGCCCAGAAGAGCCGCCUGAGGCAAACCCAGAAAGCAGACACACUGCACUUGGAGAGUGAAGACUUGGAGAGACAGAAUGCUGCCCUGCGCCGGGAGAUCAAGCAGCUGACAGAGGAAAUGAAGCACUUCACCUCGAUGCUGAACUCCCAUGAACCACUCUGCUCCAUCCUGACAUCCCCUCCACCACCUCCAGAAGUGCUUUAUGCCACACACUCUUUUCACCAACCCCACAUUAGCUCCCCACGCUUCCAGCACUGAGCCAGUCAGCAGGACAGCAGCCUGCCAGCUCCACUGAUGGCAAGAAGUAACUUUGUGGGGCUUGCUUUUCCAUCCAAGGGAAGGAAUUGGACAGACAUUCCUUCUUAAAGUAUGUAUUCUGAGUGAUUUGCCUAAGACUUGGUCCCUGUGCAGAAAUGGCAGUCACCAUGAGGCAUCUUUGGACAGUUUCCAGCUUGGAUUCUGGGAGGAAGAGGCAGUCACAAAAGGGCACCAACCCCUUUCUCUG